AUGUUUAAAAAGAUGACCGAAUUUGGUCCAGAUUCCGGUGGGCGUGUUAAGGGAGUUACUAUUGUGAAGCCGAUCGUGUUUGGGAACGUCGCUCGCUACUUUGGGAAGAAGCGAGAGGAAGAUGGGCAUACUCAUCAGUGGUCCGUCUAUGUUAAACCAUACAGAAAUGAGGAUAUGUCAGCUUAUGUGAAGAAGAUCCAAUUCAAGCUGCACGAGAGCUAUGGUAACCCACUUCGAGUGGUGACCAAGCCCCCCUACGAGAUCACAGAGACCGGCUGGGGGGAGUUUGAGAUCACCAUCAAGAUCGUCUUCAUUGACCCCAAUGAGAGAUCUGUGACUCUUUACCAUCUGUUGAAGCUCUUCCAGUCCGACUCCAGCGCCAUGCCGAAGAAAACGGUCGUGUCGGAAUUCUAUGAUGAAAUGAUCUUCCAAGAUCCGACUGCCAUGAUGCAGCAGCUCCUGACCACAUCGAGGCAACUCACACUGGGCGCUUACAAGCACGAAACAGAGUUCGGUGAGCUGGACCAGAGGACCAAGGAGAAAAUGGAGGCGGCCAAGAAGAGAACCAGUCAGGAGAUCACCGAGCUGAAAGACAAGUUGAAGGCGAGCAGGGAGAACAUAAAUUACCUCAAGAUGGAGAUCAGGAAACUGGAGGAAGACGGAGACCACAAGGAGCACUGAUUGAUGGCCACACCUGACAAAAACUGUUUUUUUUUCGUGAUGAGCCGUUAGCAUGCCAUCAUAAUUUCAGGCGGGCUCACGUGGGACCAGUCAAUAUGUAACCAAUAUGAAAGUGUGUAAAGGUCGGUUAUUGAUGCCCAUACUUGCAUUUAUGAAUUA